CCACACCUGAGCUACAGCACACAGGCAGCUGAUCAGGUGAAAGAAGAGAAAGAGCACUCGCAGGUAGAGAAAUAAAGAGAGGGAGGGGCGGAGGUGACAGCCCUUUUGGAUAUGAGGAGGAGGGACAGAGAAAGACGGCAAGCAGGCAGUAAACAAAUUAACUGAGGCUGAACACAGACACACCUGGAGUAAUGUUAAAGCUGCUGGAGGCUGGACGCACGGCAUUAUUAGUCACACUGGGCUCUGCAUUUGUGGGACAGAUACAACAUUACAACUGAGGCAAGAACAAAAUGGAGGCUCUGAAAAAGGCAACAUUUCACAUUGAAAAAAACUGACAACGAAAGAGACAAGAGGAGAGUCACAAGGAUUGAGAGCAAAAGAAGUUCCACAGAGAAGAAUAACAACUUUAGAGCACUUUCCUCUGUGAGGAAUUCUCAACGUCAUGGCCUCCACAGGGAUGCAGAUGCUGGCCAGCGCCCUGUGUCUCCUGGGCUGGGCAGGGGUCAUCAUCAGCUGCCUAAUGCCCACAUGGCGGGUCACAGCCUUUGUGGGAACAACCAUCGUCACCUCGCAGACCAUCUGGGAGGGCAUCUGGAUGACCUGUGUGGUGCAGAGCACAGGGCAGAUCCAGUGUAAACCUUACGAUUCUAUGCUUGCUCUCAGCUCAGACCUACAGGCCGCCAGGGCUCUCAUCGUCCUCGCCAUCGCGACGGGCGGUGCAGGCCUCAUUCUGGCCUUCGUUGGAGGGAAGUGCACUCGCUUUUUGGACGAUGAAGGAGGUGGGGUUAAGGGCAAGGUGGCUGUAGCAGCAGGGGCUGUUUUGAUUUUCACGGGGCUGCUGUGUUUGAUCCCAACCUCGUGGGCUGCAGGGUCCGUGGUGAAGAAAUUCUACAGCGCCGCCAUAGAUGCUCAACGUAGGGAGAUCGGAGCCUCCAUCUACAUCGGCUGGGGAGCAUCAAUCCUACUUAUGCUGGGAGGGGGGUUGUUCAUCAGCUCAGCAUGCCCCCUCAAACCCAGCGAAGCAGACAGGAGCCCUUCUGUCCGCUAUUUGGUGGUCCGGUCCUCCAACGGGUCCACCAAGCCUGGUUCCCAAGGCGGCAGAGUACCAGCAGCAACAUCUCAGCCUGUCGGAGCUUUUCCCAGGUCUCAAAGCUCAUCAGUGAAACCUCCUCUGUAUACAAGGCCUCCCUGGGAGGACGAGCCUGAGCAGGGCUCGAGGCUAGAGUCUGAAAAAUCAUGGGCACCAUCAACAAAGUCUGAGAUGAAAAGACUGAACUCUGCAAAGUCUGAACACAGUGAUGCGCCUUCUACGAAGUCUCAGCUAAAACGAGCAGAAGAAGAGAAUUUAUCAUUCGAGAGUGACAAUGAGGAUGCGUCCUCAAAUCCAACAAGGACAUACAUUUGAAACACACACACAUACGUACUAAUGUUUACCACACAUUUUUAUGUUAAGGGUGAUUUAGAAGAGCUAGUUUACUGUUUGUGUGACUGUUUACUGAUGAAGAAUAGUUGAUUGUAUAGACGUAUAGUUUUUUUUAUAAUCCAACUUGUUGCUUUUUUAGAGGACAAACAGGAAAAUAGUGUUAACUAUUCAUCAAUAUGAAAGAGAAUAGCAGCUUUAACAUGUUAUGUGCACUUAAACUGAACCUAAAACCAAGUGCGGUGUCAAAAAAAACUGUAGUAUGCAUUAGUUUUAUUGAUCAUUUUUUAAUUCAUUUUAACAUGUUCAGUUUAAGAUGUGUAGCAUUAUAGCUGUAUCAAGUUUUGCUCUGACUGUUUCAAUGCACUAAAUGAUAAUGAAUCCGUCUGCUUAUUAAUUUUACCUCAGACUCUUUGGGUUUGUUGGUUUCUGCUUGAUGCACAGGAACCUGAAUGAAACAUAAGUAAUGAAGAAACAAUAUAUUUUAUCCUUUUUUUCUAUCAUGAAUUUAUAUUGAUAGCAUUGACCUUUUCUUAUUCAUGUAAGUAAUCAUUUGAUUUACAUUUUGAUUGAGUUAUUCGGCAAUGAAAAACUCAACUUGUUGAAAUGUAAAGGUUACACUUUUUGGAUUUAGCUUCUGCUUUUUGUGAAAUGUGAUAUAAUUUGUAUUUUACUAGAAAACAUGUUACCAUAUAACUGUAUUUUUACUCAAUAAAUGACUGUUAUUCAUAUCA